CUUUAAGCUUCACAGAUUCUAAAAAUCGAAACUUUAACCUUUUUUCUCGGAACACCACAAAUCUCAUUUUUAGCUUUUUUUCGAUUCCAAAUCUUGAUUAUUUAGUCUUCUUCAAGAACUCGAUUUUCGUUCGCGUUUUAUGUCGACGACGAUGAAGAGACAGGGCUGCAGCUCAGAUUCCGGUGAUCUACGGCGGCAGCCCAGUCGUCUACAAAAACGACCUCCGGCUUUAAAACUCGUUCCGGCGACUCCGGCGGCGAAUAACUGGAAAACGGCUAUACCUCUUCUCUCGCCGUUAGCUCUUUCUCCUGAAUCAUCACCGGUCGAACAACCACCGGUUGAGAAUCAGACGACGGCGAAGGCGGUUGAGAAAACGCCGGUUUUCAAGAAAUGGCAACAUCCGGCGGCGCCGUUCUAUUACGAGUCAUCGACGUUUGUUCCACCGUUUGUUCCGGUUUAGUAUUGGUUUAGAGAUCCAACGGCUCAAAAGUACAGUUUGUUUAUUGUUUUUGGUUCUGUGUAGAUCUAACGGCCCAGAAAACGCGUUUUGUGCGUUUUUACUAUUUUGUGGUUGGAACAAACGCGAUUUUCGUAU